GGCCUAUCUAUCUGACGUACAGCACACACUCGGCUCUCUCUCUGACUUUCCUUCCUUCCUUCCUUCCUUCCCUCUCUCUUUCUAUAUAUACUCCAGCUCUCCCGGUCGACGUUCUACCAUAUUCUACCCUCUGUUUCCUUCUUCUCUCUCGAUUUUCCCGGUUUCCUCUCUCUUUCUUUGCAUCUACUUCCCCCUCUCUCGCCGAACACCUCCAUAAUCAUUUCCCUCAGACGAACCUUUGGAAAUGACGAAGAAUGUGGGGAUCCUUGCUAUGGAUAUCUAUUUCCCUCCUACCUGUGUUCAACAGGAAGCUCUAGAGGCUCAUGAUGGGGCAAGCAAAGGGAAAUACACAAUUGGACUUGGACAAGAUUGCAUGGCAUUUUGUACAGAGGUGGAAGAUGUCAUCUCAAUGAGUUUGACUGCUGUUUCAUCCCUCCUUGAGAAGUAUAAGAUUGAUCCAAAACAAAUUGGUCGUCUUGAAGUAGGCAGUGAGACCGUCAUAGAUAAGAGCAAAUCCAUUAAGACUUUCUUGAUGCAAAUUUUUGAGAAACAUGGAAACACAGACAUUGAAGGUGUAGACUCAAGUAAUGCAUGCUAUGGUGGGACUGCUGCAUUAUUCAAUUGUGUUAAUUGGGUGGAGAGUAGUUCGUGGGAUGGACGCUAUGGGCUUGUUGUAUGCACUGACAGUGCGGUCUAUGCAGAAGGACCUGCACGGCCCACCGGUGGAGCGGCUGCAAUUGCCAUGCUAAUAGGGCCUGAUGCUCCUAUUUCUUUUGAAAGCAAAUUUAGAGGAAGUCACAUGUCUCAUGCCUAUGACUUUUACAAGCCCAACCUUGCAAGUGAAUAUCCGGUUGUUGACGGGAAACUUUCUCAAACAUGCUACCUUAUGGCCCUUGAUUCCUGCUACAAGUAUUUCUGUAACAAGUUUGAGAAACUGGAGGGCAAACAGUUUUCCAUUGCUGAUGCAGCCUACUUUGUCUUCCAUUCUCCAUAUAACAAACUUGUACAGAAAAGUUUCGCUCGUUUGAUGUUUAAUGAUUUCUUGAGGAAUGCCAGCUCCAUUGACGAGGCGGCUAAAGAAAAGCUGGGGCCAUUUUCAACUUUAUCUUGUGAAGAAAGCUAUCAAAACCGAGAUCUUGAAAAGGUUUCCCAACAAGUUGCAAAGGCCUUCUAUGAUUCCAAGGUCCAACCAACCACUUUGAUACCAAAACAAGUUGGAAACAUGUACACAGCAUCUUUAUACGCUGCAUUUGCAUCACUUAUUCACAACAAACACAACGAAUUGGCUGGAAAGCGGGUAAUUUUGUUUUCAUAUGGUAGUGGUCUGACAGCAACAAUGUUCUCAUUGAAACUCCGUGAAACUCGUGAUCCUUUUAGCUUAUCAAACAUUGCAACCGUAAUGAAUGUUGCUGGGAAGUUGAAGGCAAGGCAUGAGUUUUUUCCAGAGAAGUUUGUAGAAACGAUGAAGCUGAUGGAGCACAGGUAUGGAGCGAAGGACUUUGUGACAAGCAAGGACUGUAGCCUCUUACCUGCUGGCACAUACUAUCUCACGGAAGUUGAUUCUAUGUACCGAAGAUUCUAUGCACAGAAGGCAGGGGAUAAUAUCAGUUGUACUGCCUGUGAGAACGGUUCAGUUGCCAAUGGUCACUGAUAAAAACCAGGAUGACCAUAUGUGGAACGAGCAAGUUGGUUGGUGGUGUUAGAUGUGAUCAUUGUAUGUCAGUCAGUAUGUUGAAGCAGGUAGUUACUUUCGGCCAGAAAUGCGUUGGGUUAAAUUUCUUCCAAUUCUUCCCACCCUCAUAAAAUUUGUUUGUAAUAAAAUCCCCCUUCAGUGCCACUUUAAGCUUCUGUUCAGAAAUGAAAUAGCUUUUGCAAGUUAAAGAAGAUUUUAAGCGGUCUUAACUUUUGUGAAGUUAUUUACUUUUGGUAGGCAAGUUGAGCGUAAUUCAAUGUUCAAUGGUGGUUUAUGGAUUAAA